GUACUCUAGUGCCCGAGGAGCAAAUGUGUUUCGAUUGGAGAAACAAAAGUCCUGAAAAAAUCAUUCGUUUAUUUUCACCGAUAGCUGCUUUGCACAUCAAAAUGUGUGAUAUUCAUGUUCCCGCAAAUCCAGAGGAUUGGAAAAAAGUUGCAAAUGGAUAUAAUACAAUGUGGAACUUCCCGAUGUGUAUAGGCAGUAUGGAUGGAAAACAUGUAAUCAUAGAAUCCCCAAAAUACAGUGGAAGUGAAUUCUUCAAUUAUAAAGGGACUUUUAGUAUUGUAUUGUUUGCCAUAGUCGAUGCCAGUUACAAUUUUAUUUUUGUUUACGUUGGGUGCCAGGGCCGAAUAUCAGACGGAGGAGUUUUCAAAAAUACUGGAUUUGCCAAAGCAUUGGAAAGAGAUAUGCUCAAUCUGCCACAAAAGGCGGCACUUUCUGGAAGAGAAAAACUGGUACCAUACGUCUUACUAGCAGACGAUGCAUUCCCCUUGUCACAAAAUAUAAUGAAGCCGUAUGCUGGGCACCAAGAACGUGGGUCAAGACAACGAAUUUUUAAUUACCGUCUAAGUAGAGCUCGAAGAGUCGUCGAGAACGUAUUCGGAAUACUAGCAUCUGUUUUUCGGGUCCUUCGCAAGCCUAUGUUACUAGAGCCGGACAAAGUGGAGAAAGUUGUUCAAACAUGUGUUUUGCUGCACAAUUAUUUACGUAGAGAUGUGGAAUCGAAAGAUAGAUAUACACCGCCAGGCUCCUUUGAUUUCGAACACUUAGAUUCUGGUACUGUAAGUGGAGGAUUGUGGAGAAAUGAUCCGGAACCAUGUCACUCACUUUUGCCUAUAAGACGAAUAGCAAGGAAACCAAUUCAAGAAGCCCGAGAAAUUAGAGACGAAUUCAGCGAAUAUUUCAUAUCGGACUUAGGACAAGUACCAUGGCAAUCACAGUAUGCUUAA